AUAUGGCACCUGUAUCUCUGCAUAUUCCUGUAUGGCUUGGGUAUAGGCGCCUGGAAUAACUCCAAUAACGUUAUACUCAUUGAGAUGUGGCAACAGUCGAGUCCAUCGUUUUUGCAGUUUUCGCAGUUUAUUUACGGUUUGGGCACCAUAUUAGGGCCCCUUAUUGUGGGCCCAUACCUAACUGGGGAAGUGAACUACAUGGAGAGGUUGGAGGUGGGCAACGGCACCUAUAGGUUGCUGUGGAACGCCACUACAGUUAUGGAUAACGAGUGGGAAAGGAGGUCUAGACUGAAGUUCCCGUAUAUGGUGGGAGGGCUGUUGCAAAUGAUUGGUCCAUCACUAAUGUUUCUGAUGUAUGUCUGCCGGCCCUACAAAUACCACUCGGAGGAGGCGGACAAUGGCACCGGCGAUGAGCGACAGCCCCUCAUCACUAGCAUCCAGAAGCUAGCGCUGGCCAUACCUAAGAAAGCCAUAAUAAUCUGC